AUGGACGUAAAAAGAAUUGCAGCAAACUAUGGCGGACUAUCGGCCCGUUUGAUCACACGUGCAGAAGAGAAUUGGCGUCUAACACGUGCAAAAAAGUCUUCAGGAUUAGAUCAAUUUGCUGGACCUGUAGCGUGUAUUGUAGUAGCAGCACGUGCGUUGAACGAGGACGUCGACAAGACGAGACUUGCAAAAUGCGCAGGCGCGAAGAAGCGACUGAUUGAACCCACAGUACGUAAGGUUGUGGACGCAGUGGGUGUCCAUACAAUUGUAAAGACAUCUCCAGAUGCACUUUGUAUUAAAUUUGGAUGUGAGGCGCUCACGGAGAUUGUAAAUCACGUGCUGGACGAGUAUCGCACGUAUCUGACACAAGCUGCGGCGGCGAACAGGAGAAAGGGAUUGAAGCAUCCACUGGGACCAAUGAUGGCAACAAUGAACAGGGAAGAUCCAGUUCUUGUAGCUGCAUGUCUUUAUGCAGUUAGCAAGAAAGCAAAGAUGAAUGUGAACCAGGUUACACUACUAGAAGCUGUGUGCGGAAAUGCAAAGGAGUUCGGUGCUAUUGUAUCUUCGGUUGAGGUUCAGUGUCAGUCGUCAUUGAGUGGCGCUAUCAUGGAUCGAAAGAAGCGGCGUAAUCUUGCAGGAGACAGAGCAUCCAAAAAGCUGACAGAGCAACUUUGCAUCGAGCAGAUUGAAGAGGAAGAGCGUACGAAACGACAGAGAACGAGCUGUGAGAGUGAGAUGGUCCAGACGCUGGCACAACAGCGUGUCUUGGAGAAGGUACGAGCAUCUCGUGUCGGCACACCAACAUCAAGUCCUGGUCAAUCUAGAAAGAGACAACAGGCGGUUGCUACACCAGAGGAAUACGCUGAAUGGAGAGCAAAGGCACUGAGGUUUAUGUACAAUAAGAAAGAAAAAGAAAAAUCACAAAGCAGCAACAUGAACGCAGCUUAA